AUGGCAACUUCACAGCAAAAGAGAAAAUUUGAAGAUUCAAAUAAUGAACUAUCAUCUUCCUCUGAUAGCAUUCAUAGAAACAUGACUAUAGGUGGCGAGGAGGAGAGCGGAGAAGAAGAUAUUAGUGAUGAUAGUGAACACUAUGAAUAUGAUGAAUAUGAAGAUUAUGAUGAAGAUGAUGAAAGAAGAGAUAGUGGUAGUGAAAGUGCUGAUGGAGAGAAUAAAAACAAUAAUAAUAUUAAUAAUAAUACUAAUAAUAAUAAUAAUAAUAAUAAUAAUAAUAAUAUUAAUAAUAAUAAUAAUAAUAUUAAUAAUAGUAAUAAUAAAAAUCAAAAUGAAUGUAAAAAGAGAAAACCUGCAAAAAUGGGAAUAUAUUCAAGUAAAAGGAAAACAAAGAGAGUAAUUUGGAGUGAAGAAGAUAAUUUAAAGAUUUUUGAGAUUUUUGAAAAAAAAAGAGAACAAGAUCCAAACAAAAACAAAAAAACUAUUAUAAACGAAAUUUUUAAAGAAAAACUAUUUCCCAAACUUAAUAAAAAACAAAUUUCGAAUAAAAUAUCUGGUUUUGGUAUUCUAAAACGUCCAUCUUUAAAUAAUACUACCAAUACCACCACUACCACUACUGCUGUACCCACCACUACUAAAAUGAUAUCUAGAGCAGCAGCUAAUAAAAAUAUAAAAGAAAAUGAAUCAAUACCGCCGCCAUCACCGCCAUCACCACCACCACAACAACAACUACCAAAACAACAACCACAACAACAACAACCAAAACAACAACAACAACAACAACUACAACAACAACAACAACAACAACAACAACAACAACAACAACAACAACAACAACAACAACAACAACAACAACAACAACAACAACAAUCAAAAUCAGAGGAAUAUAUUGAAAACUUAAUAUUAAAAAAUCAGAAAUUAAACAAAACUAAUAAUGAAAUACAGAAUGAAAUGGUAACAUUAAAAAAAACAAAUUCAGAAUAUCAGGAACAAAUAAAACAAUUGGAACAACAAUUACAUUUUGAAAAACAAAAAAACAUAUCUGAUCAAUUAAGCCACCAAAAGAAAUUAUUUGAAUUGGAACAACAACUAAAACAACAUAAUAUUAAACAACAAGAUAAACCAAUGAUUUCAUUUAAUGAAGAAAAUGGUAUAAUAUCAAUAAAUUCAGCAACUAUUGUUAAAAGUCCAAAUAAUAAUGAAGAUGAUCGUUAUGUAAUUUUCCCAGAUUAUAAUAUUCUAUCAAAUUCAUUAUCAUCAGUUCAAUCCAUUAAACAAGUUAAUAUAAUUAUAACUAAAAGAGAGAAUGAUUUCAUUCAAUGUAGAGUAGAAUCACAUAUUAAUGAAAUAAUCAUUAAUACUUCCAUCUAUUAUAUUAAAAAUAUGGAUGGUUUUCAAAUUAAUAACGGUGUUCUCAAUUAUGGAGAUAAUCAAAUUAAAUGUUUAGUUUAUUCAAAAAUUCCUCACAUUGAUGAUGAUUUUAUAAUUGUAAAUAAUAAAAAAUAA